AUGGCCUCUCUGCGGCUCCGUCCCCCCGGUGAGGGCCGCAGGGGCUGGGGAGCCCUGUCCGGAGAGGGACGGCCCCCUGAGGCUGAGGUCCAGCCCUGCCGGCAGUUCCUUGGCUCAGCGGAUUCUGCCGGACUCUCCAACACACACCCCCGCACCCUGGGAGUCUGGACAGGAUGGGCUGCUCCCCUUGAAGAUGAGGAACCCAGUGUGAUCGUGUUAACACUUCCUGGUCCGAGGUGGGACCAGCCUCCUCCGCUUCUCAGGACCACAAGGCAGGAUGUGACAUUUGAUGGGCCAGCGCCGUACAUAGACCACAAAACUAAGGGGACAGUCGUGACCUCAGGCGAUGCCUAA